AUGAGUUCAAAAUAUUCAGACUCGCCUUACUAGCAAAAGCAAUCUGGCUAUAACAAAUUAAGGGGUAUUGGAUAAACUUCUAAUACUCCCAAGAACUAAGGAAGCAACACUCCAAGGUCUAAAUCUCAAAACAAUCCUUAAAAAAUACAAUAAGAAUUAGAUUAACUCAAUGCUAGCGGAGUUAGUCCUACAGAAUUUUAUAAAGUGAAAUGCCAAUUACUAACAGAAUAAAUGGCAUUUGUAUAAGAAGAAAGCGAAAAAUUAAAAAAGCAAAACGAACAUCUUAGGACCCUCAAUUUUGAAUAUGUUAAAUAGUUAAAUGAAUUGUCAGCAAGUAAACUUCGUGCAGCUGAAAAGAUCAUUAUUACUCCAGAAUUCUUUGAAUCAGAUAGCAUUAACUAGAAGGUGAAAGAUUUUAUGAGAAAAUUAGCAAAUAAUUACAAGCUUUUAGAGAAAGAAUAAACUAAAUUGGUUGAUCAUUGUAGGAUAAUGGAGUAAGAUAUUGAGAAUUAUAGAAUCAAAGUAAUAGAGGCAGACUAAAUAACAGAAAAGCUGAAGUAAACAGGUUAGCAUUCAAUAGACUCUCUUGUUUAAAGCUUAAAAGAUUCAGAGGAUAAAGUAGAGUCUCUUUCUCAACAUAGCAAAGAACUUUCAUUAGAAUUAGCUAUAAAAUUAGAAAAAAUAUCUAACUUAGAAAGCAAUAUAUAAGAUUUAAAUAAUGAGAUAGACGAUCACAAAAAUGAGUAUCAAAAGCUAAUGACUAAAUACAACAAAAUGAUUAGUUAGAAUGAAGAGAAAAAGAAUUUCGAUCAUAAAUAAAUAUAUGAGUUAUAACUUAAAUGUGGGUAAUUAGAGCACGAGUCAAGGCUACUGUAGGGAACCUUAUAGAAUUAAAAUGUACAAUUGAAUCAUUUAGACAUUAAAAUAAAGGAUUUAAGCAUAGAAAAUGAAAGUCUAACUAGAAGUGGUUUUUAUGGUGGAAAUUCUUUUAGAAGAAAUUUAAGUGGAACAAGCCCAAGUGUUACAUUUAAGUGA